CCUCUGGUGUCCAUCUCAGCCAGCUCUUCACCCUUUGAAUCAGAAACACCACCGACUCUCCGCGGAUUUAGCCCCACAAAAACGCGCCCCCUGCGACCACAACCUCGAUAUCCGAGAGUUGCCUGCGUUGUUUAAAGGAAAAGAUCGUGAUAAAUUAAAAACGGACCGGUUAGAGGCAAAAGAGGCGUCUGCGCACAUCAGCAGCCGUUAGCGGGCUGAGCUAGCCGCGUCUCGCGACGCAUCUCGCCCGUGAGACGUCGGGCUCUAGAACUGUGUUUUAUAAUCCUCAUCCACAUCAAUUAAACUGAGUGGUUCGGCAGAAUCUCAGAGGGUUCGGCGGAGCUGUCCUCGCACUGCAGGCCUGGGUGUGGGUGCGGAGAAUGCUAAAGGAUGAGUCAGAGGGACACCCUGGUUCAUCUGUUUGCUGGAGGCUGUGGUGGCACUGUAGGUGCAAUUCUGACAUGUCCGUUGGAGGUGGUGAAGACAAGGCUGCAGUCUUCUUCGGUGACUCUUUACAUCUCUGAAGUUCAGCUCAGCACUGUGAAUGGGGCCAGUGUGGCCCGCAUGUCCCCACCGGGGCCUUUGAACUGUCUAAAGUUAAUACUGGAGAAAGAAGGUCCUCGUUCACUCUUUAGGGGGCUAGGGCCCAACUUGGUGGGAGUGGCUCCAUCCAGAGCAAUUUAUUUUGCUGCCUACUCCACAGCCAAAGAGAAGCUGAACAAUGUGUUUGAUCCUGACUCCACACAGGUGCACAUGCUGUCCGCUGGUUUAGCAGGGUUCACUGCCAUCACAGCAACCAACCCGAUCUGGCUUAUAAAGACUCGACUGCAGCUUGAUGCCAGGAACCGUGGAGAAAAGCGCAUGAGUGCAUUUGAGUGUGUCCGGCGGGUCUAUCAGUCAGAUGGGUUACGGGGAUUCUACAGGGGCAUGUCUGCAUCUUAUGCUGGCAUAUCAGAGACUGUUAUCCACUUUGUCAUCUAUGAAAGCAUUAAACGCAAACUCAUUGAGUCCAAGGCCAACGCUAACAUGGAUGAUGAAGAUGAAUCUGUAAAAGACGCUUCAGACUUUGUCGGAAUGAUGCUGGCUGCUGCCACGUCCAAGACUUGUGCCACAUCAAUCGCGUAUCCUCAUGAGGUUAUUCGUACCAGACUACGUGAGGAGGGCAGCAAGUAUCGUUCGUUCUUCCAAACUCUAAAUACGGUGAUCCGGGAGGAGGGUUACAGAGCACUGUACCGAGGCCUCACUACUCACCUGGUCCGACAGAUCCCUAACACUGCUAUUAUGAUGUGCACCUAUGAGCUGGUGGUCUACCUGCUCAAUGGUUAACGGAUGGAGAGAGACCAGGAAAGAGAGGGAGAGAGACAAGGCGAGAGAGACGAACAGGGUUAGAAAGCAAAAGCUAGAUGGAGACCGAGAGAGAUUGUCUCAGGCUUAGACCAAAGGAAGAAGAACAAGUCCUAGAAAUGCAUUGUCAACCCAGACCCCCAAAGGGGGCUGUAGUCUCAGAGAACGAGAGGGAUUCGAGCCUGUCAGACUGAAGAGGGUAUCAAAAAAAAAAAAAAAAAGAGUGAUGGAAAACAAAUUUGCUAAUGCUGUCUGUCCAUUUGUUUCAAAAUGUUUUACGAAAAGUCAGUUUAGAAAGGACAAUCAAAGAGGGGAAUGCUUGAAGAAAAAACAAAAGCCUGAAUUGGCUGGAAUUCUUCAUUCAAGAAGAAAUAAUCAUUUCAUUUCAGAAAUGAUUUUAUCUGAGCCAUUGCUUUAAGAAAAGAAAAACAAACCUGUCAAGAUCUGAAAUGGCUGGAGGAUUUGAAGAAAAAAAAAAAGCUCAAGAAAGUGUUUUUCAGAUGUGGCAUAAUAGCACUACUGUAAAGGAUUUUUUUCUUUCUUUUUUAGAUCACCAUUUCAUAAAGAUGACAUUUUGCCUUUCCAGAAUUUGUUCAUUCAAGCAUUCUCUUCUAGAGGUCACCUUCCACUCUUUCCAAACUGGCAGAUGGUUGUCCACGCACAAAUGUCCAUUUGCUGUUGUUAAAUUGACGGUCACAGGAUCUGUGGCACCUCAUGUGCUUCAAACUGAAGUGUUUCUUUGUUAGGUUCAUAUUAAGUUUAACCAUACUUAUUUUAGUGUGUUUUUGAUGAUCAUACCAUUGUCCUAAUAUCAGUAUAGUAUGCACUAGGGCUGGGCGAGUUCAGUCCUGAAGGGCCACUGUCCUGCAGAGUUUAGCUCCAACCUUAAUCAAACACACCUGCCUUUAGCUUUCUAGUGAUCUUGAAGACAUUGAUUGGCUGGUUCAGGUGUGUUUGAUUAGGGUUGGAUCUAAACUCUGCAGGACGGUGGCUCAGUCCUGGUAUAUACUCUGGGUGGUAUUUUUGAAUUGGGAGAUGUUGUCCUGCUUGCAUCACUGGGCCUCUUUAAACAGAGAUGGAGCGUUCUUGAGUUAAUCACCUCCAUUAACUGCUGCAAAGCCUCUACUUGAAUCCCAGGUGUUGGCGAAAGCCAGAGAUGAAUUUACCGAUGGCUUAAUGGUAGUGGCUAAUGCUAACCCUGAGCAUGUUGCCUACAAACAACAUGCCAAGUUGUGACGGCAUUAGUCGUCGUAAGGCAAUAGUCAUUUUUUCCAAUUGUGAGUGGGAAUACAAGCUGCAGAAUCGUUUCCCACCCUAUGGAUUCCUCUAACAGUGGCUUCUGACUGACCGUUUAUGCACUUUGUGGCCUGUCUAGGCUUGCGCAAAACUUUUUUUCUGUUUGGAACAUAGUAUUACUAUGUAAGCAAGACAGUGUUUUGCUGAACAGUUCCCUUUGGAAGUUAUUGUACAGUUCAGUGUACUAAACUUUUAGUGAAGGAUAUUCUUGUGUGUAUAUACUGUAUGUAUGCAUAUCAAAUAUCCAUUGUUCAUAACUUAAGUCCUCUGAUUAUGCAGUAGUAUUAUUUGAAUGACUGCAUUUGUUUGACAGAUUUAUCACAGAAGGAUGUUGUGAUUGUGAAACCCAUUUUGAUGAAUGUUAUCUUUGUUUUUGUUUUUUAUGAAUUUUAUAUCAUUUUGUUUAUCACUCCUCAUUUUGGCCCUGGACUCAUUGCUUGAAAUGGAGUCCAGGUCUCGCCUGUUUGUUUACAUUACUGUUGUCUGUACUUUCACAUCUUCAUGAUAUGAAGGAUCCCAAACUGUUCAUGUUAGUGAUUUAGAUGUUAUCCACAUCAUUUCCAGACAGUUCAUUACCAACACAUGGGCUUAAAAUUAUAAUUUAAGGUAAUUAUACUAGACCUCAUGCUCAUAGAUCCCAUACAGAGCCUUUAAUGGUCCUGUAAGCAUCUUUAAAUAUAUAUAUAUAUAUUUUUUUUUUUUUUUUGGUAGCAUCCAUCAUUCAUAAGCAGAAGUGAUAUUUGUUUUCACAUAGAGUUUUCAUGCAUUUCAGUGUGUCUUUUCUGUCCAGUUCAAGUCCAUUUUGUUUUGUAAGUCAUUGAUAUUUUUUAAUGCUGAUAAUGAAGCUCUGGAAUACUGUAAUGUUCAUCACCACACAUUGGAUUUCAUUUCUCAUUAUACACACAACAUCAUCACAUAUUAUGCAAUUAAUGCUGGACUCUUGUCACAGCUAAUGUGAUCUCAGUCGGCGAUUUGCUGAAUAUUGUUCUGAUGAUUAAAAAGCAUUUGCUUUUGGAAAACAAAAGCUUGUUCAGACGUGAUGUUUUGGUAUAAUUAGAAUAGUUAGACUAUCAUUGAUGGAUUAGUAAAUUAGUGCAUAAAUAUUUGUGUUGUAUCUAAAGACAUAUUGCCCUUGUUAGAAAGUGAUCUCUUGCAAACAUGCAUUUAUGAUGCUCUAAGUUUGCAUUCAACAAAUGCACUUGUAACUUCACAGUCUCAAGGAGACUUUAAUGGCAUUACAAAGAAAUUCAAAAAGGCAUUUUCAGAAAGUGAUUGAUGGAAUAUUCAGGAGUCAAUGUUGGACUGAAUGGACAGACUUGAACAUUAUAUUAACUGAGCCUAACGGACUGACAGAAAUAUUGAACACGAUGGUUAGAUUAAUUAUAUCUUCAUUUCACGUUUAAUGGCAUAGUCAGCGAUUUUCAUGUGUGGUGUCUGUAUUGCGCAAACUAACAUGACCAAAACUAACAAAUUGUAUGUCAACACCUGUUGUUUCAUUUCAUUUACACCCAUACAACCCCCCCACCCCCCACCCCCCCACCACCUUUUUUUUCUUCUUUUUUUUUAAGUCCAGUUGUUUUUAUGGUAAAUGUGGCCUAUUCUUUGCUGGUUAUGUGAUUUAUCAUACCUCUUUUUGUACAAGCUGUCAAUAAAAAACAAUGGAAAACCCA